UCCCUCUUUCUUAUUCUGCCUUCUUCAUCGAACUUUCAAGCUCUUUUUCUCUUCCAUUUCUAUGGCAAAAGUGUACCCUCAAACAGCGCAGUCGCCGUCGUCGUCGUCGUCUUCAUCGCUUUGUUACGAAACAGAAACCUUCACGAUUUGGAUGAAAUCUCUUAUUUACCACACAAAUGGCUGCACCGUCUACGAUUCCAAUGGCGACAUCGUCUACAGAGUCGAUAACUACAACAGAAAAUGCCGUCGCGAAGUUUUUCUCAUGGAUCUCAGAGGCAACGUCCUCUUCACCAUCAGAAAAAUGAAAUUUUCGAUUCUCGGAGGAUGGGAGGGAUAUCGAUGGAUCGAUUCGGAGAGAAGUACAAGCCCUAGCUUUCGAGUGAAGAAAUUGUACAGAUCAGGAUCGAGGAAUCAAUCGGUCUGUGAAAUUACUGUAGGAUUUGAGAGGUUUUCGUUGGUGAAAAUGGAUGGAAAAUUGGCUUUCAGAAUAAUGAACAUCAAUGGAGAAGUAGUUGCAGAGGCGAAAAGAAAAGUUUCUUCGAAUGGAAUUCUAUUGGGAGAUGAUGUGUUGAGUUUAAAUGCAAAUUCUCAGAUUGAAAGAUCUCUGGUUAUGGCAUUGGUUUCGGUUUAUGGCUUAAUCCGUCGCCAAAUGUAAAAUUAUAUACAAAAUUUGGUUUUUAUUUUAUUUAAUUUUAUAUUAUUUUCCUCUGGCUCUUUAGAGGAUUUCCCGAUGCGUAUACAACUUAAAGAUUUUGGUUUCUAAUAUAGGUUUUUAGUUUCUAUGUGAAUGAUUAAUGUAGAGAUUACAAAGGAAUACAAUUAAUAAUUUCAUU